CAGUUACCUAUCAGCGAAUACGUCUUCCCCGUGCAAACUGUCACAGCAUUUUCUCAAAACGGUUUGCUAAAAGGCUCGGUCACGGCCGAGCGGCCUCGCACACUACGUCGUCUGCGGAACGUUUACGGUGAGACCGCAUGCGGAAUGGGCACCGGUGCAGACAGCACUGGUGAACGGCUUGAUGAUGGUAAUGCCGAUGUUUCAAUAAAGCACAUUGAUCGUGAGCGCGACGAAAAAUCCCUGAGCAUAAUGAGUCCAUUCGACGAGCAGGAGGAAUGGGCCAAAAUCUCGGAAAUUAUGGCCUCAUUCGGCACGGGGCUCGUUAGAGAAUCAGUUUUCGUCAGUGAACUUGAAAAGGAAUUCCAAUCGCGACUCGGGUUUAGCUCAGAUACGAGUAGUAGUCCGGUCGUGGUGACAGGUGUUGGUCAAUGGCUCUCGAGUCUCGGUUUUGCUGAUUAUAAAUCGUUAUUCGUAAAUUAUGGCUUCGAUGACAUCGAAUUUAUCAACGGAAUCCUGGAAGAGCCAGACCUAGAAGAGUUGGGUAUAACCAGCGAUAAGGAUCGAGCCGUGAUAAUGAACGCGUCGAUUCUUCUCCCAAAACGGGUAGAAAAGCGCAUCUCGACUCCGCGCACUGUGGAAGACUGGCUGAAAACAAUUCACCUCGAAAACUACAUAGAGACCUUUAGAAAGCACCUCUACACCGACAUGGAGCGAGUCCGGCGAGUCUGGGAGGUAGAGCUAACAACUGUCCUCGAGAUCCAGAAACCGGGUCACAGAAAGCGCAUCCUAGCCUCUGUGACGGGUCCAAGUCCCCGAAGCCAGCCCCGUAAUGGCACCGGGCCGAACCUCGAAGAUCUGAACAAAGACCUGAAUACUUUGAAGAGUAAUAUCCAGCAGUUGAAAGAGGAGAUUAGGGAAAAAUUGCCAGAAAGUCCGCAGGAUAAUGGUAAUGUGAGUCAGACGAUUGUUACGGGAACGAAUGCAGCGACUUCGGGGACAUUGAGACAUAGGAAGAAUAGGCCAGCGCCUCAGCCACCUCAACGUCCUACUUCACAUAAUGGUAAUGUGGCUCCUGAACAGUUAGAGAUUCGGGCGCCUUCGGAGCUGCUUUUUGGAGUUCCAACGACGCUGAAGACGCAGUGGCGACAUCAGCCCAAGGCUCUAGUCACUGGCAAUGUGCAAUACGUUGCCAAUUACUUGGGUUCCACCGUUGUCAAAGAACUUCGCGGUACAGAAUCGACCAAAAAAUCUAUUCAGAAGCUGAAGAAAACUUGUCGAGAUCCAAGGGUCAGUUUAGGCAUCACUCUUGCAAUUUCUUACAGGGGUGUUCGGUUCCUGGACUCUGUCACAAAUGAACCAAUCUGUGACCACGAAAUCCGCAACAUCCACUGCGCUUGUCAAGAUGCAGAUGAUCUUACUCACUUUGCCUACAUCACGAAGGACCAUGCGAGUCGUAGCCACUUCUGCCACGUCUUUUGUGUACCAACAAUGGACCAGGCGACAGAGGUAAUUCUAUCCCUAGGCCAGGCCUUCGAGGUGGCCUAUCAAAUGGCUUUGCGGGACAGAUUGGGAGGCCAGACGAUGAGAUCUCAGUCUGCAAAUCAAUUGGCGACUGUCACCAACAGCACAACGACGACUGUAAAAGCCCCACCGUCAGAUUCAGCCCGUGAAAAUCCUCCAAAUUCUAAUCCAAUCAUCAUCACUGAUUCAAAAAGCUCAAAAUGUGGAAAUAAUUCUCAAAACACAAACACAAAUACGCUAAAAUCCAAGUCAAAGCAAAAACAGUCCGAAAAAUCAACAAAUUCAAAUCACAUCUCUGACAUUAAUCCCGGAAACGACUCAAAUUCACGCGGGAUAAGCAUCAGUGUAGCCAGUAAUUGCACUACGGGAAAUUCCAAUGCAAGUACGAAACCAUUGGUGAGCCAUGGUCGUUCGCACUCUGUGAACGACAUCAAAAUUAAUGGAAAUCAGUUGAAGCUUGCACCGACUCCAGUUGAUGACAUUAGUGUGGGUGUGAAGGACAUGAAGGCAGGAUCUCGUGCACCAAUUGCCCUCUCCGAAGAGCUAUAAAUUCCAUUGAGGUGACAUUGGUUAUUCUUCAGCAGCUGUUCGUACAUAAAUAAGAGGAAUGCAUACACACAGAGCAAUGUUUUUUUGCUAAGAGUAAUUUUUGGAUUUCAAUGGCCAAGCUGUGAUCACUUAUUUAUAAAUUUGGAAAUUCAAGUCUUCGCGGUCAUGUGCAACGAGUUAUUUCUAGUGUUUUAUUGAAAUAUUAUGAAUAUUUGAGGAGUAAUCUUUCCAUUUACAAGGAUUAGGGUGAAACAAUACAUUAGGACCUAUCGGGCGUUUGUGGCUCUUUUAUGGAUAUCUUUGAUGCUUUUCGUGAUUGCACAUUUCAAGAAUCGAUCAUCUGCGACUUUUUGAAGAAUCGACCCGAGGUAAGUUGAAGAUACUUGAGAUAUGAAGAUGCUUGAGUUGAAGAUGCUUGAGCAUAUCUGCCAAAUUGAUGCUGAUCAUUGUAUACCAGAAUGUGGAAUAAACUAUUCCAACGGAAAAACACAAUUUUUCAAGAUAAAGUGGUUAAAUCUGCCAAAUA